AGAGAGCACUCUUUUGUGAUCUGUGUUACUAGGACCCUUCUAACCAGCCUUUGCACUCGUUGGUGUUACUUGUGCGUUUUCUUGGUUGUUGGUUUCUGGGUCUGUUUGGUUUUUGCUUUUUCCCGUUUUGUUUAGUUUGUUGUUUUCCUCCUCGUUGUUGUUUUGCCCAUUUGGCCUUUUUUUGCAGUUUUAUUUUUGCUUCCCCCACUCUAGUCAGCUAGCACGCUCAGAAGUAUCAGCAUUCGAGGAUUUAGUGGCUUUUCCUCUUUGUUGUUUUCUGCUUUAUUGAGAUAGUCUUGCGGCUUCGCCUCUAGAGUAGUGAGAGUAGCUGGUGCUGUGUCUUAGUCAGCUGGGCAGUCAGGCCCCCGUGGUCCCUUUGUGUUGUGGGCAGUGCAGUGAGGGUCAGUGAUUAGCUAGCAUGUGUCGAGCGAGUUAGGGAGUCGAGAGAGCAUAGUUAGGUGACCGGCAGCAUGAAAGGCCCCUGGGAAGUCCAUCCUCCUCUGGACGGGUAUGACUUCCUAUAUGUGCUUGGCUGGGGCGGCUUCAGCCUGGUGAAGCUGGCCCGGCACCUGGCGUCGGAAGAGUUCGUGGCAGUGAAGAUCCUCCUGCUAGACGCCUCUCCCAGCAGCCCGCUGUCCGCGCAGGGGGAAGCAGACAUCCUGAGGAGCCUGCGGCACAACAACAUCGUGCAGCUGCUGGAGGAGCGGCACACGAGGACGCACCUGUUCCUGGUCACGGAGCUGGCGGCCAGGGGCUCGCUCCAGCGCUACGUGUGGGUGCAGGGUGGCCUGGCCGAGGAUGAGGCCAGGGCCCUGUUCGGCCAGGCGCUGGCCGCCGUGAGCUACUGCCAUGGCCAGCGCGUGGCGCACCGGGACCUCAAGCUGGGCAACCUGCUGCUGGAUGAGCACAAGAACAUCAAGCUGGCGGACUUCGGCCUGAGUCUGCGGCUGGAGCGGGGCACGCUGGUGAGGGGCUUCUGCGGGACCCCCGAGUACUGCGCACCAGAGGUUUUCCUCGGGGAGGACUACGACACUUUUAAGGCUGACGUGUGGAGUCUGGGGGUGGUGCUGUUUGCCAUGCUGGAGGCCAUGCUGCCCUUCCGCGGCAAGGACAUGGACAAGCUGCAGGACCGGGUGCUGUGCGGCGUCUACGUGGUGCCACGUGGCAUCAGCCCGGCCCUGCAGGAGCUGCUGGCGUGGCUGCUCUCCGUCGACGCCUCGGGGAGGCCCAGUGCGGAGGACGCCAGGACCCACUCGUGGUUCGGCCCCAGCCGAGAAGCUGCCCAGGAGCACGAGGAGGACGCGGUCACCCUGCUCAGCCCCUGGGAGUUCCCCGGGACCCAGAGGCCAGGGAGUACCUGGUGGGCCUCGGCCUGCUGCCAGGCACGGGGACCGAGGGGACGCCAGGCCCUCAGCCCCAGGAUCCGCGUCCCUGCCCGAGUCCUCGCAGAGCAGCAAGCGCCCCCCCAUAGAGGACGACGGCUUGGCUCUGGUGUUCCGUGACAGCAUGGCCAUCGACAUUUCCUCUGCACAAAGCGACUCCUUCGAGGCCCCCAGCCAGCCACAGCAGGUGAGAAGCCCUGCUCCCAGCGCAGCCCCCGACUCCCCCAAAGUCUCCCGUGAGUCUUGCCCACUCCCCAUACAACCUCUGACACCUUGGGGCCUCCAGGAGCUGAGCCCAAGGCCCCCGAGGUGACCCCACUCUUGACUCUGUCCUACCAGGCCAGCCACAGCAGGAGAGGAGCCCUGCUCCCAGCGCAGCCCCCGACUCUGCCGAGCCCUCCAGUGAGUCUUCCCCUCUCCCUCCCAGCCCCAGCCAUCUCGGGUACUCUUGUGGCUGAGCCCUAGGCCCCCUUGGUGACCCCUUCUUGACUCUCUCCUACCAGGCCAGCCACAGCAGGAGAGGAGCCCUGCUCCCAGCGCAGCCCCCGAGCCAGCCUCGUGCGUGUGCAUGUGUAUGUGUGUGCGUGUGCAUUACGUGUGUCUGUGUGUGUGCCUGUGCGUAUCGCUCAUGUCUGUGCCUGUGUGCAUGUGUGAGUGUGCAUCAUGUGUAUCUUUGUAUGUCUGUGUGUGUGUGUCUGUGGGUAUCGCUCAUCAUGUUCGUGCCUGUGUGCGUAUGUGAGUGUGCAUCAUGUGUAUCUGUGUGUGUGUCUGUGGGUAGCGCUCAUCAUGUUUGUGACUGUGCGUGCCUGCAUCAUGUGUGUGUCCAUGUGUGCGAAUGUGUACCAUUCAUUAUGUCUGUGCACUAACAUAGCUUUUAAUAAGUGCCAUGGAUGAGUGAAAACAUUGGCAAGAAAAGACAAACUUAAAGACACAUCUGACAACAGAGGAGUGUGUUCCAGGCCGUAACACAUGCACAGUGAACUCUGGUAGGCGAUGGGGUCUCUGGGAUACUGAGCAGCUCGCUGAGGUGUAAGUGAUCUCAACUCAUACUCCACCACCAAAAAGCUCAGCCGAAUGAGCAAUUCUCGAAGACCUUGGGUGAUUCUUACAGCAGGAAGGGCAACCGAAAGUUCCCUGGGUAUACGGGUGGUAAGUCUGCCUCUUGCACAACCUCUGAAGCAUCCAUGGAGAAGACGCAUCACUGGGCUGCUGUUGCGGCCGCUGUUGUGGCAUAGCAGGUAAGGGCAUCCCAUAUGGGUGCUGGUUCAAGUCCCAGCUGCUCCACUUCUCAUCUGGCUCCCUGCUAAUGGCCCGGGAAAAGCAGCAGAGGAUGGCCCAAGUAUAUGGGCCCCUGACACCCAUGUGGAAGACCCAGAAGAAGCUCCUAGCUUUGGCCUAGCCCAGUCCUGGCCGUUGCAGCCACUUGGAGAGUGAACCAGCAGAUGGAAGAUCUCUCUCUCUCUCUCUGUAAAUCUUUCAAAUAAGUAAAUAAAUCUUUAAA